AUGGCUUCACUUUAUUGCACUCGAAACCUUUUAAAGAAGAGCCAACUGCAACACAUUAUACUAGAUUUUCCUAAUUUAUUUAAACCGCCAUCAAUUUUAUAUCGAAGAUUACAUAAUAAUGUGAAUGAUGGUGCAGCUCGGAGAAUAGCUGAAAAGGAAGAAAGAAUGAAAAAAGUGAUUGGAAAGAAAUCACAUAAAAAUUCGGAGAAAUCGGGAUUAAAAACUUCUACACUAAGAGAAAUGUUUAAAAGGAAAGAAGAACCAACGGAUAAGAAAAAUGAAAGGUCAAUUGAAGAAAAGAAACGAGACAAAUAUAAACAAGAUUUAGCAAGACAAAUUCAAUUACAUCAAACGUCAAGAUUAAAUAAAAGGGCUUUCUUACUUCAAAUGAUUAGCAAAAAAUGUAAUCCUAAUUUGCAAAUAACCACUAUCAAUGCCAAAGAUUCUAAUCGAAAAAAAAAAAUCACCCCAGAAGAGAUGCCACCCAAUGACAAAAAUGUGAAUUAUGAACCAAAUUGGCGUGAAAAUGCAAACCUUCCUGGAUGGUUAAGACAUAAAUUUGCCAUGAAAGAGAGAACAGGGUUUAAAAAAUGGGAACCACAUAAAAAAGUUAAUAGGGAAACCAUGGAUAAAAUUCGUUGGUUACAUACCCAGAUGCCGGAAGAAUAUACCGCCGAAAAACUUUCUCAACAAUUUAAAAUUUCGCCAGAAUCUAUUCGCAGAAUUUUAAAAUCAAAUUUUGUUCCAAAUUCUGGAAUGCUAGAACCGUCGGAGCCAGCUGAAAUUUUAUUAACAUUUCCCGAAGGAGAUCAUACGACUCCCUUAAUAAUUAUCGGAGGGAUUGCAUGUGGAUCAAUAUUAGUUCAAUUAUUAUUAACAUAUAUAUUAAGACAAAUUGCAGUGAAGACAGGAUGGACAUUUGAUAAUGAAAUAGUCAAAAAUUGUUCGUUACCAACUUUUUUUUUGUUUCCGAUAUCAUCAAUAGUAAUAACCUUGUCAUUUAUAUCAAUAGCUGUAGAACCAACAAUACUGGAACCGAUUAGGCACGCAUUAGAUAUAUUCUUAAUCAUAUUUGCAACAUGGACAGCGAUAGGAUUUGUUAAAGCUGCCUCAAUAUCCAUAUCAAAAAAUAAUGACUUCAUUAAAUCAUCAAAUAGUGUACAAUCACGUAAAUUGCAUACACAAUUAAUAGUUACGACGAGAUUGAUUUAUGGUUUAAUAUUUUGUAUAGGAGCCUCUGCGAUCCUUUUAACAUUUCCUAGAGCAUGGGAAAUUGGUGCAAGCAUAUUGGCAAGUGCAAGCGUAGCCGCAUUAUUUAUUGGCUUGGCCGCUAAACCUUCAAUGGAAAAUUUAGUCGCUUCUUUGCAAAUUGCUUUAACACAACCUCUCUUGCUUGAUGAUUACGUUAUGAUCGAUGGACAGGAGGGGAUCGUAGAAGAAAUCCAAGCUCAAUAUAUUGUAGUUAGAACCGGUGAUGACCGACGCAUUAUUGUUCCCUUAUCUCGUGUUAUUAAUGAAACAUUUGAAAAUUGGUCAAAAUCAAAUGAAAAUAUUGGAAUGCACUUUGAAUUCUUCGUUGAUUAUGGUGUACCUUUGGAAGAUUUAAAACAAUAUUAUAAUCAUAUUUUGCAAAAAUCGGAAUGUUGGGAUCGUCGUGAUGGUGGUUUAUCUAUUAAGGAAUGUAGAGAGAAUUGUAUGGUAUUAAAAGCUUACAUGACUGGGGAACUUCGUGAAAAAAUGAUUGAAUAUCUUGUAACAACUCAUCCCGAAUAUUUACCGUAUUCCCGUUAUCUAAGGGUGGAAAAGCGUCGUGGUAUUGAUAGUAUGAAGAGAAUAGUUACUAAAAUGGAAGAUGCAAAUUUAGAUGAUGGAAUUACUGGAAAGAAACAUUUUAUUAUACAAGAAAAGGAAUGA